UAGUGUCAAAGACACAUUUAAGAGUUCUCACUCUGAUCAGCAUUGGAUUCUGUUUAUUCCUGAUUCAACUCAACAUGUCACAAUUGGAGAGCACAAAAUGGGAGCAACCUGGCAAAGGUGACAAGAUUACUAUGGUGCUGCUGGGAAAGAACAGCAAUGACAAGUCAAUGAUAGGGAACAUCAUGCUAAACACCGAAGUUUUCACUGCUGGAAAUGACAAAUGCGCUAGAAACACAGGAACAGUGGAUGGCUAUAAUAUCUGCAUCAUCAACACUCCAGACCAUUUUCAUAAACAAAACCCAAAGGACGCAACUGAAAAUAUGAAGGAAAUUCGAAUGCAUUAUUCGGGUCGGCGCGCGUUUCUUCUGAUAAUAAAAGACAAACAGCUUUCAGACGAAGAGAUGGAGAUGUUCACCCAGCUGAAAGUGAUAUUUGGUGAGAAAAUGGUGGAAAAUGGGAUUGUAGUAUUUGUUAGCAAUCAAGAAAUCCAAUCUGGAGUGGUAUUUCUCCAAGCUGAUGCGAAUCUGAAAAAACUACUAGUGGACUGUGGACGGAGAUUGUGUGUGUACAACCGGAUAAGAAAUGCAAAAGGUAAUGAGCUGAUCAAACAGAUCAUGGAACAAUGGGAGUCAAUACGCAAGAAAAAUGAUUAUGACGCAAGAAUCCCCCCAUAUGGUGCUAAUAGGAUUUAUGAAGAAAUUAAUCCAUAUCAAGAAAUGAAGCCAGCAUCACCUGUAUCAUGGGAGGCUGAAAAAAGCAAAGAAACCCCACUGACGCAUCUGCAACAAGUACAACAAUCCAUCCGGACAUCUGGAAAUGAACAAAUGACUGGAAUGACGACAGUGGUCCUGCUGGGAAACGAUAGCACAAAGAAGGUUCGCAUUGGGAACACGAUUCUGGACAGACCACAUUUCCAAACUAAAGACACUUGUGAGAGGAUUGUGCAUAUUAUUGAUGGUCAGAAGGUGUGUAUUAUCAACACUCCAGACCUUUUUCAUAAAUCUGUUUGGUGCGAUGCAGAAGCUGCCGCUAUGGAAGAGCUGAAGCCUACAUACACAGGGCCACGCGUUUUCCUCCUAAUUCUCCGUGGCAAACAUCUGUCUUCACAAGACAUGGAGAUGUUUAGUGAACUAAAGAAGAAGCUUGGAGAGAAGAUGGUGGAAAACACGAUUGUGAUGGUUGAAAAGAAGUCAGCCUCUAGCUCAAUGGACAAACAUAUUUCCUUUAAAAGCCAAUACCAAGCAAUCCUAAAAGAGUGCGGAGGACGGAAGUGUAAUUACAACAGAGAAAUGAAGAGUGCUGAAUUAAUCAGAGAGCUGAAGAGACACACAGAAAGCUUGGGGAAUUACCAAAAAUCUGCAUUGGACAGAGAAAGAGGCCCAGACAGUUUCAGAAAGCAUGAGAAUGCUUUACAAGCAGUGCAACCACAGCCAUCAAUUAAGGAGCAUCUCCAGAAAGACUUGACCAUCGUUCUGCUGGGACAGACAGGAAGCGGAAAGAGUGCUACAGGAAAUACCAUCCUAAAAAAGCAAGCUUUUACCUCGCAUGCCAGUUCUGUGCCAGUAACAACAGAGUGUCAAAAGGUAAGGGCGGUUGUUUUUGAGAAGAUCAUGACGGUUAUAGACACCCCAGAUUUCUUUAACGAAGACCUUACAGACCAGGAAGACCAGAUAAAGAGGUGCAAGGACCUCGCUCAGCCUGGGCCUGAUGUGUAUUUGCUGGUCAUGCAGCUGGGACGUUUCACUGAGGGCGAGAGAGAGGUUCUACCAAAUUUGAAGAAAGCGUUUGGUGAAGACGUGACUUCAAAAAUAGUGAUUCUUUUCACUGGCAAAGAGAAGCUAAGAGACAAGUCUUUACCAGAUUACAUCAGUGGCAGUGACCAAGAACUUCAGGAACUGGUCAAAUCCUGUCAUUCAAGGUGUCACGCGUUUAACAACAAUGACAAGAACCAUCAUCAAGUGAAAAAACUGCUAAAUUUAAUUGUAAGCAUGCAGGGAAAUGCAGAAAAUUAUCCCAAAAAGAAGCAUAAGGACAAAGACAAUUGUGAUAUCUUGUGAGAUAAUGAGCUGUUUGAAUGAAGACAAAACUAAAAGGGACCACCUAGUUUCUAGAAGUAGAUGUAUACAUAUCCAUGUGUAGCUAAUAUUUAUGCUUUGAACUAACAUUUGCCAAAUUAAGAAGGAGAUAUAGAUAUAUAUAUAUAUACAUACAUACACACACACACACACACACACACAUACACACACAGUUGAAGUCAAAAUUAUUGGCCCCCUUUUGAAUAUUUUUUUUCUUUUUAAAAUAUAUUUUUUAAAUACUUUGGCUUACCAAAGUCCCUUUAAGACAAGACAUUUCACUCGGCAGCCGUUUUUGAAACACCUUACAGGCAUUCUGUCUGAAUGGAGAAACAUCAAAUUCUCCAAAACUGCCUGCCAAACUUACCAUUGAAUUUCAUAUUAGGAAUCACCAAUAAAAUUAAACGACAACUGUCUUUAGUUUCAUUUCUAAACAUCCAAAUCACACAAAAUCUGCAGAAACUCACGUCUGGUCUGAGACCCUCCCCUGAAGUAUUGUCAGUCUAUAACGAUCGAUGAUUGGCUCCUGUACUAGAAGGCAGGCUUUAUUCGCCAUAUAGCGAUCGAUGAUUACCUCUUGUACGAGAAGGCGGGGUCUUUAUUCACCAUAUUGACCAUUAAACUUUUCCCCAUUCAAAAAGACACGAAUGACAUGUGUUGUGUAUUCUAUAGUCUUUGGGCUUACACACAGCAUUGAUGGUUUAUAAAAAAAAAAAAUCUAAUCAACA